AUGACAUAUGACGGCACAACGGACACAGACGAGUUUAUAUCCAUCUACACCAAUCAGGUAGGCUUAUAUUCUACGGACGACGCCGUCCUGUGUAAGUCGUUUUCGGUGGCACUCAGGGGAUCAGCCUUGGAGUGGUUCAUGAGUCUUCCUCCCUACACCAUUGAUUCCUUCACCACACUUACCACCACCUUCACCACUCAAUUUGACACAAGCCGCCGCCACGACCUCACUACAAUCGCCUUCCUCAAUCUCAGGCAGGAAGAAGGGGAACCUCUCCGAGUUUUUAUCGACAGAUUCGGCGCCAUCGCCAUGAAAAUCAAAGACUUAACCCCCAAUCUCAUAUUGAUGUACAUGAUGACCUCUCUCCGACCAGGACCCUUUGCUGAUGAGUUAGCAAUGCGCCCCCCCUUGAGCAUGCAGGAACUUAGGAAAAGAGCCGCCAUGUUUAUCAGAGUGGAAGACAUGAGGCGAUACCAAAGCAACGCUCAGACUCCCCUAGCCCGAACAGACAUCAGAAGGCCUAACAAAGAGCCCCCCCCGCGCGAACAGAACCGUCCUACGGAGCGGAGAGCUGCGAAGUUCUCCAACUAUGCCCCCUUGAAUGCGCCCCGAUCUCGCAUACUGGACGAAGUCCUGCAGGCCGAACUCAUCCCCCCACCCAGAAAGUACCAAAAUCCACCUAACGCGGACCUAAGUAAAUACUGCCAUUACCAUCGUAACAACGGCCACACAACUGAUGAAUGUGACACCUUAAGGGACAAGAUAGAAGAACUUGUGCGGGCUGGGCACCUCAAGCAUUAUAUAAGAGAGACGGGGGAAGGCGCACCCAGACCCCGGUAUGAGAGGAACGACAACAGACGAGUCGAGCGACGACCAGACCGGCGGAUUGAACGCAGGGAACCAAGAAGAGAACCUGCAAGAACCCAAAACACAGAGCAAAGAACGCCAACACAACAGCAACCCAGACGAACCGACGAUAGGCCACCCCUACGAGGGACGAUCAACACCAUAUCUGGAGGAUUCGCCGGAGAAGGAAGGUCAUCCUCUUCCAGAAAGAAGCACCUAAGGGCUGUCCAAUCAGUACAUGCUGUAUCCAGCAGGACGAUGAGAAGAAUGCCGCCCAUCACGUUUUCAGACGCAGAUUUUCAAGGCACCGAUCCCAAUCAAGACGACCCUGUGGUCAUAACCAUAGAAGUAGAAAGCUUUGCAGUCAAGAAAGUACUCAUCGAUCAAGGAAGUUCCGUAGAUAUCUUAUAUUGGAAAACUUUCAACAAGCUGCAGAUAUCCCCAGCCGACCUCACCCCCCAUGAUGAACCCAUAUACGGAUUCUCAGGCGAAAGGGUCCCAACCAAGGGAUACAUCGACCUCCACACCACCUUUGGAGAAGGUAGACAAACGAAGACCAUACCCAUCCGCUACCUGGUCGUAGAGGCCCAUACAUCCUACAACGUACUUUUGGGAAGACCAUCCAUCAAUGCCUUGGGAGCCAUCGUGUCCACCCCACACCUCGCCAUGAAAUUCCCAUCCCCGCAGGGCGAUAUAAUCACGAUACACGGUGACCAGCACGCCGCAAGGGAAUGUUAUAUGGCAAGCCUAAAGCUCCCCCACCCACCCUUGGCAACCCACAACAUCGAGCAGUCCAAGGUAGGAGCAACCUUAGCAGGAGACGACCUAGAUCCUAGAUUGACCUCUGAGGCCAGAGUCGAGCCUGUUGGGGACAUACGACAACUCCCCCUAGAGCAGCAGAACCGAUUCCUCCAAAUAGGCACCACCAUCCCUGAAGAUGAAGUAUACCACAUUGAGCACAUCCUCAAAAAGAACGUCGACCUCUUCGCUUGGUCCGCGGCAGAUCUCCCCGGCGUGCACCCCAAGAAAAAGAGGAAACUUGGCGAAAGCAGGAGGCAAGCAGCGAUCGAAGAAGCUAAUAAACUCAAGCAGGCUGGGUUCGUCGGCGAAGCACAGUACACAACCUGGCUAGCAAAUGUGGUGCUCGUAAAGAAACCUAACGGUAAGUGGCGCAUGUGCGUCGACUACACGGAUCUCAACAAAGCAUGCCCACGAGACGCCUACCCACUCCCCAGCAUUGACAAACUAGUCGAUGGGGCUGCCGGACACGCGGUACUUAGUUUCCUUGACGCCUAUUCUGGCUACAAUCAGAUACCCAUGGCCGAGGAGGACAAGCUUAAAACUGCUUUCAUCACAGAAGAGGCCAAUCUUUUCUAUAAGGUCAUGCCCUUUGGCCUUAAGAACGCCGGGGCGACAUACCAACGCCUGAUGGAUAGAGUCUUUCGGCCACUCCUCGGAAGAACGGUGGAGGUCUACGUUGACGAUAUCAUCGUAAAAUCCCCCAACCCCAAGCAACACUCAACAGAUUUGGCCGAAGUCUUUAAAGCCUUACGCACGUAUAACAUCCGACUCAACCCCGAGAAAUGUACCUUCGGGGUCGACGGUGGAAAAUUCCUCGGGUUUAUGCUCACACAGCGAGGGAUCGAGGCAAACCCUGAAAAAUGUCAAGCAAUAAUCGACAUGCGAAGUCCCACAAAUGUCAAGGAAGUGCAACGCCUAGUGGGCAGGUUAACCGCCAUCUCACGAUUUCUCCCCAAGUUGGCCGAUCAAACCAAACCAAUGAUUAAGCUGCUAAAGAAGUCCGCCAGGUUCGUUUGGGAUGAGACCUGCGAGCAUAACUUCGCCACUUUGAAGCAGCUGCUCACCACACCCCCAAUUCUUACCAAACCAGAUCUCAACCUUCCCCUCAUCAUGUACAUAGCGGAAUCUGCGAGCGCACUCAGCUCCGCCCUUGUCCAAGAAAAAGACAACACCCAGCAACCCAUAUAUUUCACCAGCCGAAUCCUCCAGGACACGGAAACGCGAUACCAGAUGAUCGAAAAGGUAGCCCUUGCGUUGGUAACUGCAGCACGACGAUUACGACCAUACUUCCAAUCCCACACAAUAAUCGUCAGAACUGACCACCCUGUGCAGAAAAUCCUUCAGAAACCGGAUCUGGCAGGACGACUAUCGUCGUGGGCUAUCGAGUUAUCAGAAUUCAACAUCCAAUAUGAACCACAUGGACCCAUAAAAGCACAAUGCUUAGCAGACUUCACCAAUGACCUCCAGAACCAACCACCCACCCAAGACCUUUGGUGGACCAUGCACGUAGAUGGCUCUUCAAAUCCCCAAGGUGCCGGCGCAGGAAUAGUACUGGAAGGCCCCGGUGACAUCCUCGUUGAACAAUCCCUGUGCUUCAAUUUCAAAACCUCAAACAAUCAAGCGGAGUACGAAGCUAUAAUAGCCGGCCUCAAUCUAGCGCGCGAUGUCGGCGCCAGGAAGCUAAUCUGCAAAACAGACUCCAAGCUCACAGUGGGGCACCUCAACGGCGACUAUCAAGUCAAGGACGCCAUGCUCUUGCAAUACUACCACACGGUAACCGCCCUAAUCGAACACUUCGAGGCCUUCAGAAUCGAACAUGUCCCUAGAUGUAACAAUGCCAAAGCCGAUAUCCUCUCCAAGCUCGCUAGCACUAAGAAGAAGGGACGAUACAAGUCACUGUUGCAGCACACCCUGAGCACCCCCUCCAUCGAACAGAAUAAUCAAUGCCUCAACAUUACCACAGCCGGCACCUGGAUGGAACCUUUUGUCAAGUACCUAGAAGAAGGAACAACCCCAGCAAACGAAGACAAAGGAUGGGCUCGGAAAGCGGCGCGCUAUACUUUAGUCGAGGGCGAACUAUUCAGAAGAGGCUUCAGCAGACCCUUGCUCAAAUGCAUCACACGACAACAGGCCGAGUAUGUCAUGCAAGAAAUACACCAAGGAGUUUGUGGCUAUCACUCAGGCCCAAAAACCAUGGCAGCCAGGAUAUUACGAGCUGGCUACUACUGGCCAACAAUGGAGGGAGAUUGCACCGCAUACACUAAGAAAUGUGUCCAAUGUCAAAAGCACGGUCCCGUAACGCGCAUACCCCAGGAAGAGCUCCACCAGGUGUCCUCACCGUGGCCAUUCUCCAAGUGGGGAAUGGACAUAGUCGGACCCUUCGCACCAAGCAGAGGCCAAGUGAAAUUCCUACUUGUCGCAGUUGAUUACUUCUCUAAGUGGAUCGAGGCCGAACCCCUCGCCACUAUAACCGCCAACCAAGUGCAGCGUUUUGUUUGGAAGAACAUCGUCUGCCGCUACGGUAUACCUCACACCAUCAUAACUGAUAACGGCCGUCAGUUCAUAGACAAAAGCCUCGGCGAGUUCUACCGUAACUUGAAAAUCACACACAUCACCAGUUCCGUCGAGCACCCCCAAACAAACGGCCAAACAGAAGCUGCAAACAAGGUCCUCCUUGGCCAACUCAAGAAACGGCUAGACGGAGCAAAGGGGAAGUGGCCGGACGAACAUCUUGAAGUGCUUUGGCCAUACAGAUGCACACCCCAGUCAUCAACCCACGAGGCACCAUACACCCUCGUCUACGGGACCGACGCCAUGAUUCCCGUAGAAAUCGGCCAACCUUCUCUCCGUCAGUCAUACCACAACCCACAAUCCAACGACGAUUGUAUGAACACCCAUCUCGACCUCCUAUACGAAACACGGGAAAAAGCACGCAUCCAAGACCUUGCAGCAAAGCUUAGAGCCGCACGAAGAUACAACUCCAAGCUCAAGCCGCGCUCUCUCCAUAAGGGCGACUUAGUCUGGAGGAUGGCCAGUAAAGCACGGAAACACGAAGGAAAAUUUUCACCAAACUGGGAAGGUCCGUUCCGUGUACUAAAAGAUGUCGGCAAAGGAGCAUACCGUCUCGAAAAGCUUUUCGGGGAGCCAUUGCCCAACACUUGA